UAUUUUUCUUUUAGCUAUAAGUAGAUAAACGUCCUACGAAUAAUAUAACUUAGAAACCCUAAGAGUUCCUUGUGCUCUAAGCAUGGUGGGUUGCGAUUGUAUCAGCGAGAUGCCAGAUUCUUUGCUAACUCAUAUACUCUCGUACCUUCCGACCAAAGAUACCGUUAGGACAAGUGUUUUGUCCAAGAGCUGGAGAUUUGUCUGGCUAGAGGUCACUUCAGAACUGGACUUAAACGCCGUUGACUUCCUCCGUUACGAAGACUCCUCCUCCUUGGUGAGUUUAUUGAACAACAGAUCGUUCCUACGAAAGUUCAAGAUCAAGUAUGAUGACUCUCCCCUAAGAAUAAAAAGAAAGCGUGGUAGUGAUUAUUCGAAAAAGGUUAACAACACUGGCAAAAGAGUCAUGGAGUGGAUAGCUGAAGCGGUUCAUCGCGGAGUUGAACACCUAGACGUAGUAAACAAGAUCACAUCUAGACGUGCUAUUGAUUUUAUGCCUAAGUAUCUAUACGUGAGCAAGACGUUAGUGUCUCUGAGUCUCGUAAACGUAGGGCUUGAGGAUCCCAAGUUUGAAGUUUCUCUACCUUGUCUCAAGAGUAUAUAUCUAGACAACGUUUGUUACAUGGGAGAUGAUGCUCUUGUGAUUAUGGAGAGGCUCAUCUCAGGGUCUCCCGUGUUGAAAACUCUUACCACGGACGUUCCUGUCUUAAAGAAGAAGCCACAGCAAACCGUAUUCAGAGAGGCGCCUUGGUGUUUGGAGCAUGUCAAGAUCAACAAACUGACAAUGAAGGAGGAGCACUAUGGGAUUAAACUAGUAAACUACUUUCUUGAGAAUUCGCCAGCCUUCAAGAAAAUGACAUCGAGCUUCAUAGGUUCCCGUAAUCAACCAAGGGAAGCUGGGAUUGAAAUUGUAAAUUACUUUCUUGAGAAUUCAGCAGCCCUCAAGAAAAUUACAUUGAGUUUCAGAGAUUCUGAUAUGACCAGUGAGGAGGCGGAGAGCUACAAGAAGCUUCUUACAUCCACAAAGCUUUCUCCCAUGAGUCAAAUCUCUUUGUCUAUUUCACAUGAGUAAAUAUAUCUUUCAUGAAAAGUGCAGUUACGCUUACUUUUUGAUAAAUAAAAAAGGCUUUCUAGGUUCAAGGCAAGACACAUAGAGUCUAUCUAUUGGAUGAUAAUGUACAUUCUAUAUGGAUUAUUUAUAGUCACAAAUAUCAUGAAUGAAUGAUUUGUUUAUGAGUUUUGUGAAAAUGAAAUCUGCAAGCUCUCUCAAAACUCAAAAGACAUCUGUAGAUAAAAUAAAAUAAAAAGAACUCCCUAAAAAAGGAAAACAAAAGACAAUCAUGAUUCCUGAA